AUGUCGGGAGAGCAACUGGCCUCGAGGAUCAGCAGAAGAAUAUGCGCUGUGAAGCAUGCUGCACCUAUUAGCUCUGGCUCUGUGAAGCAUGCUGCACCUGUCAGCUCUGACUUUGUGAAGCAUGCUGCAUCUGUUAGCUCUGGCUCUGUGAAGCAUGCUGCACCUGUUAGCUCUGACUUUGUGAAGCAUGCUGCACCUGUCAGCUCUGGUUCUGUGAAGCAUGCUGCACCUGUUAGCUCUGGCUCUGUGAAGCAUGCUGCACCUGUUAGCUUUGGCUCUGUGAAGCAUGCUGCACCUGUUAGCUCUGGCUCUGUGAAGCAUGCUGCACCUGUCUGCUCUGACUCUGUAAUCAUGCUGCACCUCGUCACAGCUGUUGAUGGCAAAGGUGGCAAAGGUGGCAAAGGUGGCAAAGGUGGCAAAGGUGGCAAAGGUGGCAAAGGUGGCAAAGGUGGCAAAGGUGGCAAAAGUGGCAAAGGUGGCAAAGGUGGUAAAGGUGGCAAAGGUUCUUUGAUGAGUUGGCAGUUGCUGCAGGUGCCCUGA